UUUGGUUCAAGUUUUCUCUGCGCGCUACACAGCCCUGCGCAGGGGCGAACCGAUAGGACACAGGGGCUCCCCAGAAGCGGCACAAAAUCCAUUAACAUCUCUCGCUGUCGCUCGGUUUAAUAUUCAAAGCUAUGGGUCGGCUAAGGCAAAACUGGUUGAUAUGGCUAACGGUCCUGGAUCUCUGCACCAGCGCUUUAGGAAUUAGCCGGCAAGAGUUGUUUCCCUACGGCCCGAGCGCCGGGGAUGAAGUGCUCCAACCGGGGAAUGAUGAGACGCGCGAGUUUACACUGGAGCACCCACUGAUGUUUUAUGAAGGCAAAUUCAACAAGAUCUACGUGAACACCAAUGGCUUCAUCUCCACGGCAAAACCCACGAAGGAGCGCAGCUACCUGGGCAAGAUGCCAGCCAGCUUUGGCAUGAUCGCCGCCCUGCAGGGCGACCUGGACACCAGCGAUGGCGUGGGCAAGGUGUACUUCCGACAGGACCUGAGUGCAGCCACUCUGCAGCAGGCAGGGGACCACAUCAGCCGAGCCUUCCCAGACGACGACGAGGUCACGCCCACGCACUCGCUCCUCGUCACCUGGGUGGACGUGGCAGCCCACGAGCCCGAGUCGCGAGGAGACGGCCUGCAGAACAGGAGGAACACGUUCCAGCUGGUGAUUGCCUCGGUGGAGUCCACCUCCUAUGCCAUCCUGCUGUACCCGAGGCACAGCCUGCAGUACUCCUCCACCCAGGCUGCCGUGAUGCAGGCCGGCUUCAGCAAGGGCAAGACGGGGCCCUCCUUCUGGGCCAGGCAGGGGCCCUACUAUCGCACCACUGGGGACGACGAGGCCUCCGUUCAGGAACUUCCAGAGAAGACUAACUCUGGAAAGCGCGGGGUGUGGGUGUACGAGAUCGGCACGCACCCGUACUUCACCAACGUGGCCCCCGGGGAAGUGCCCUACCUGCCCCCGGAGGACGCAGAGGAGGAUCGUGCUGCUCCCCCCUCUUACCCCAACCUGCACCGCCAGGGCCAGCAGCAGGUGCUGGAGUACCCCACCUACAACCCCAUCGCCGAGGAGCUGCUGGAGGACGUCUACAGGGGCCAUGCUCACCCCUUGCCCAUCCACCCCGUGCAGUACGAGCCCCAGCAGCAUGCGGACGACGUCGCUCUCCUGGACAGUGACAUUCAGGUCAAUGUGUUCUCCUACAACUCGGAGACGUGCGAGAACAACAGGCAGAAGUGCUCCCCGUUCGCCGACUGCACGGACCACGCCAGCGGCUACUGCUGCCACUGCAGGGCCGGCUACUAUGGCAACGGAAAACAGUGUGUGCCCGAAGGGAAACCGCAGCGGAUGAACGGCAAGCUGCACGGCAAGGUCUUCGUGGGCAGCGCCAGCUACCCCGUGGACUUUGCCAGCAACGACCUGCACUCGUACGUGGUGUCCAAUGAUGGCCGCGCCUAUGUGGCCAUCAGUGCCAUUCCCAUCAGCGUGGGCGUCUCCCUGCUGCCCCUCUCGGGCAUGGCCAGCGCCAUCGGGUGGGCUUUCGCCCUCGAGCAGCCCGGAUACAUCAACGGCUUCAGUAUCGUCGGGGGAGAGUUCACGCGUAAGGCCGAGGUGACCUUCCUGGAGGGUGGCGAGAAGCUGACCAUCACCCAGGAGUUCAAAGGCAUCGACCAGCACGACCAUCUGGUGGUUGACACCCAGCUGGAGGGCCGGGUCCCCGAGCUGCCUGCGGGGGCAACCGUGCAGAUCGACCCCUACACAGAGAUCUACCAGUACUCGAACAACAUCGUUACAUCCUCGUCCACACGCGAGUACGUGGUGAGCCUGGAGGACGAGACGACGCAGACACGGCGGUACCAGUGGAGGGAGACCAUCACCUACCAGAGCUGCCCCCACAACGAGGCCCCGCGCAAGGCCCCCACCACGCAGAUGCUGCGCGUGGAGAACGUCAUGGUCAUGUACGACACCACGCACCAGCUCAUGCGAUACGCCAUGAGCAACAAGAUCGGAGACAUGAACGGUGGGGGUGGUGAGGGAGAGAACCCCUGCUACUCAGGCCGUCACGGGUGUGACACGAAUGCCAUGUGCCACGCUGGAGAGGGCAACCAGUUCACCUGCGAAUGUGCCACUGGCUUCACUGGUGAUGGGCGCAUCUGCUACGAUAUCGACGAAUGCAAGGACUCCCCUCAGGUGUGCAGUGCCCAUGCCGUCUGCAACAACCAGCCCGGAACUUUCCGUUGUGAGUGUGUCGAGGGCUACCAGUUUGCUAGUGAUGGCAAUACCUGUAUUGAGAGCGGCCGUCCAGUGAACCACUGCAAGGAGGGCAGCCAUGACUGCGACAUCCCAGAGAGGGCCCAGUGCAGCUACACCGGCGGCUCCGCCUACGUCUGCUCCUGCCUGCCUGGAUACGUGGGAGACGGACGCCACUGCUCAGACAUUGAUGAAUGCCAGCCAGGCAGGUGUCAUGCUGAUGCUGACUGCUUCAACACAGACGGCUCCUUCUCCUGCCAAUGCAGGCCCGGUUACUACGGCGAUGGCUUCCACUGUUCCUCUGAGCGAGAGAAGACUCGCUGUGAGACCCACAGAGACAGCGCUCUGGGUGUCACGGUGACGGGCCCCAGGGGCCCUCGCCCCCCCCUCCCUGGCCAGUACGUGCCCACCUGUGACGUGGAGGGCAACUACGAGCCCAUGCAGUGCCAUGGCAGCCUGGGACAGUGUUGGUGCGUGGACCUCGACGGCCUGGAGAUCACUGGCACACGCACCGGACCUGGCAACGCACCCAACUGUAAUGGAGGGCCAGGCCCCGAGGUGAGGCCCACUCCAAGGCCGGAUAUCUACCCUCUGCCAUCGGGCACCAACCUGCUCUUCACCCAGAGUGGCAGGAUCGAGUUUGUGCCCCUGGACGGCUACAAGAUGAAGCAGAACGAUGCCAAAACGGCACUGCACCUUCCAGAGAAGGUGGUGGUUGGGGUGGCAUUUGACUGUGUGGACAAGAUGGUGUACUGGACGGAUAUUACCACUCCCGCCAUCAGCAAGGCCAGUGUGGAGGGCGGUGACCCUACCCCAGUCAUCACUGCAGACCUGGGUAGCCCCGAGGGCAUUGCCAUAGACCACAUGUCGCGGACCAUGUUCUGGACGGACUCCAUGAAGGACCGCAUCGAGGUGGCCUCGCUCGACGGCACUCAGCGCCGCGUGCUCAUCGACACAGACCUGGUCAACCCCCGAGCCAUCGUCGCCGACCCUGUCAAUGGGUAUCUGUUCUGGGCCGACUGGAACAGGGAGGCCCCUAAGAUUGAGACUUCACACAUGGACGGCACCAACCGUAGGCUGCUGGCAGGGGACGGCCUGAGUCUGCCCAACGGCCUGACCUACGACCCCCAGACCUCCCUCUUGUGCUGGGCAGAUGCCGGUACCCACAAAUUAGAAUGCAUGAACCCGUCGCAGCGAAACCGCAGGGACGUGUCAGAGGCCAUCCAGUACCCCUUUGGCCUCACCACAUACGGCAAGAACCUCUACUACACCGACUGGACCAGGAAUGCUGUGAUCAUGCUGGACCGCCACACAGGAAGGGAAACAGAGGAGUUCCAUCCCCAGAAAAAGUCUCGUCUAUAUGGUAUAACAGCAGCUUACGCCCAGUGCCCCUCUGGCCAAAAUUAUUGCUCCGUGAACAACGGUGGCUGCACACACUUGUGUUUAGCGACACCUGGUGGCCGCACGUGCAAGUGCCCGGACAAUGCCGUCGGAGUAAGCUGCGUGGAGAGCUAAGGGAAGUAGUGAAGUCAAAAUAAGAGGGGACCAGAGGAAACGACACCCAGCAGAGCAGAACAGGACGGGACCAGCCAGCCCUCUGAAGCUGAGCUCGCCCCCACCGUACACUCGACAACGACUCGGUUUCUCAACAUGCCACUGAAUCAUGCACUCAAACUGCUGUGUGUUCAAAUGUUUUAUUUUAUAUAGCCAGUCACAAUUUAUGUGUUUUUUUGUUAUUUUCAAACAAGCGAUAAUGUUUAUUUUUUAAAUCAUAUGAAUAAUAUUUCACUGAUAAUAUUUGUACAUAAGCCCAUAUCCUGAAAUAUGUUAUUGUUAUGGUGCUAUUAUAUGGGAAUAACGGGAGUUUAGAAAUGUCAAGAGAAAUGAUAACUGUGAAGGUUAGCUUAUGUCAUUGGAUCUAUGACCCGUAUUUUUAAAACAGGCCCCCAGUCAACCUAUGGGGCAACACUGAAUUGAAGAACCUUUUUGCACUGUUGUGCAUUGAAGUAUUUCCCUGUUUAAACAGCUGCAUUAAAGAGAGAUGUUCACCUUGUACAGCUGUGCAAUAAAGGUUUGAGGCUAUUUUCUA